AUGUUAAGUUUAGUAUUAUGUUUUUUUGUAAUGUUUUUAUUGGGGGUCGCUGUGGUUGUGUUAAGUCCUUCUCCCUAUUUUUCUGCUUUAGGCUUGGUAUUUGUUGCUGUAUCCGGGUGUUUUAUUGUUUUAUACCAUGGGGGUACUUUUUUAUCUUUGGUCUUGGUGUUAUUAUAUCUUGGGGGAAUGAUGGUAGUUUUUGUGUAUUCAGCAGCUUUAGCUGCUGAUCCUUACCCUGAAAUUCUUGGGGGACGAUUGUUUUGAUUUUUUAUAAUUUGCGUGUUGAGUAUUUGUUUUGUUGGUUAUUUUUAUUUCAAUAAUUUUUUGUUAAAUACGUCAGUGGCCUGUGAGGUGGCAGAUUAUGCUGGGGGGGUUUUUGGGUCUGAGUGGUUAGGAGCAACGACUUUUUACGAGGUUGGAUCCAUUCUUAUAUUAGCUGGGGUGAGCUCUGUUAGUAUGUUUAUUUUCUGUUUUAGUAGUUGUUCGUGGGGUAGA